GAUGUUAGCCCUGCGGGAAGAUAUCUACAUGUGGGGUCUAGCAAACAUCUCCUGGAGCAAGGCUUAGUUGUAGCGGGGAACCGUGCGUUUUGGCGCUAUAUCAUGACGCUAUCAUAGCCCCCAUUAUUAAUAUUUUUCAUACGCACGGAAACGUCAAGUAACCGACGCUUUUCUGCGCUCGCGUUAGAAACUCCGUCACCAUGACGGAGAACUGGACGGCGCUGAACGGAACGUACGACCGGCUGCACAUCGCCUCCGACAUCAUCACCAAAAUCAUCUCCCCGACGGUGUACGGACUGGUGACCGUGGUGGGCCUGCUGGGCAAUUCGCUGGUGAUUUACAUGCUGCUGGGAUUCACCAAGAUGAAGAACGCUUCGAAUUUUUACGUCCUGAACUUGGCCUUGGCCGACGUGCUCUCCAUGCUCGGGGUUCCGUUCACGUCGGCAUCGACGGCCAUAGAGCGGUGGGUGUUCGGGAGAGCCAUGUGUAAAAUCGUGCAGUCGGUGGAUGCCUUAAACAUGUUCAGCAGCGUGUUUAACCUGGCGGUGCUGAGCGUGGACCGGUACCUGACCAUCGUGUGCUCGCACAGCCAUGCCCACCUCCGCCGGCCGAAGGUAGCGCUGGUCGUGAGCCUGUCGGUGUGGGUGGCGGCGAUCCUGGUCACCAUCCCCGUCAUCAUCGUCAGCGACAUGAUCCCGCGGGGAAGCGGAGAGUACGAGUGCACCCUCAUCUGGCCCGACAACGUCGUGUUCUGGCACAAAGCCUUCACGUCCUACACCUUCGUCAUCGGCUUCGUCGUCCCUCUGGCGGUGAUCUGUAUCUCGUACCUGAUGGUCGUCCGUCAUCUCAGGCAAAACACGUCGGCGCACACAGCGGUGGCCAGAGUCUCGGUCAGGAUGCGGGUAAAGGUGACUAGAACGGUGACCGCCAUGAUCGUGACAUUCGUAGUCUGCAAGCUGCCUUUCCACCUGUGUCAGCUGGUCAGUUUGGCCACAACCUUACAUCCCACACUCGGACUGCUGGUGGUGUUUCACACGGCAAUGGCCAUGUCGUACGUCAACAGUUGUGUCAACCCCAUCCUCUACGCCUUCAUGAGUCAGAGGUUCCGCGAGAGCUUUCGGGCGGCGCUGCGGCUGGACCGGAAAAGGUCGGCCGAGCAGCGCCCGGCGCGGAGCUUCGUCCACCGGGGAGAAGUCGUGGUGCGGGACGGGCCGGAAAAGAGCGACUUCUUCGAGGAAGAGAUUUGUGAGGUAAAUGACGGAACAGUUCAAUAUUCAACUCCCCAAGAAUUCAUCUACUUAUACGAAACAUACGUGUAG